GUCACUGUCUCCACCAAUCGCAGAGUUCGCGGGACUAGCGCUCCUAUCGCGAGAUUAUCGCAUUAGCUUGGUUAGUUAGCUAGCCGCGAAAACCUUGACUGUGUACCCCGCAUUUUACACUUUUCUCCUUAAAAAGCACUGAGAGGACAUUGUGCAUUCCUGUUGUGAUCAUCGUCUGCUCUCGCCCGCACGGAAGGACAGUCUCCGGACCUCGUGUUUGUACGGUACAAAGUGUGGCCAAGCUGUGUCAGGCUUGCUCACGUUUCGCUGCAUUUCAAUGGAUUUUCGUCUUCCCAGAAUCCCAAUGAUGAGUUAUGCUGAAAAGCCAGAAGACAUCACGAAAGAGGAGUGGAUGGACAAAUUAAACAAUGUUCACAUACAGAGGGCGGACAUGAAUCGGCUCAUUAUGAACUACCUGGUGACAGAGGGUUUCAAAGAAGCCGCAGAGAAGUUUCGGAUGGAGUCUGGGAUCGAGCCGAGUGUGGACCUGGACUCUUUGGACGAAAGGAUAAAGAUUAGAGAGAUGAUCCUGAAGGGGCAGAUACAGGAAGCUAUUGCACUCAUCAACAGCCUACACCCAGAGCUGCUUGACACCAAUCGAUACUUGUAUUUUCAUCUUCAGCAGCAACAUUUGAUUGAGUUAAUCAGGCUAAGAGAGACUGAGUCAGCGCUGGAGUUCGCCCAGACACAGUUGGCUGAGCAGGGCGAGGAGAGCCGCGAGUGUCUGACAGAGAUGGAGAGAACGCUAGCCCUACUGGCCUUUGACAACCCAGAAGAGUCGCCCUUUGGGGACCUGCUCAACAUGAUGCAGCGGCAAAAGGUGUGGAGCGAGGUGAACCAAGCUGUGCUGGACUAUGAAAACAGGGAGUCAACGCCCAAACUGGCUAAACUCCUGAAGUUACUGCUGUGGGCGCAGAAUGAGCUCGACCAGAAGAAGGUGAAAUAUCCCAAAAUGACUGACCUUAGCUCGGGCACCAUCGAGGACCCCAAGUGAACAUAACCGACGAGAACAACCACCUUCCACGUCCCCUUAAUUUAUGAUCAGUCAGUGACUGUGUGACAACCAGGUAACAUAUAUGUAUAAACAAAUGCUACAUUGUUUUUUUUUUCAUGUUUCAUUCAUGAGAGAUUAAACUUAACUCUUUGUGCAAACUGUAAAUUGCUGUAUUUGCAAAUUGACAGAAAUUAUAUAAGUACUGAUCCUGGAUUUUUAGAUCUUGGGAGACGACAAUUAAAAUUGCUGUUUUAUAUUUUGUCUUUCUAAAGCCUAAGCCGGUAGUAUUAUUUAUUGUGACCAAUUCCCCAACCAAGACUUCAUUCUGCCAGAGGGAGAGAGAGAGAGAGAGAUGAUGGUAUAAAUGAACACGUUUGAGUGUGUGGAGCCGAAAUCUAGGCUCCCCAGAAUUGGGGGGGGGUUAAACUAGUUUAAACUAGUUUCAACUUUGAUAAAGCAGACACACGAUUGAUGACACGAUGAAAGAGUCUAGAUAGUUGAAAAUCAAAAUAAAUUAAAAAUUUCAUACACAAAAUGUGAGUAUUUUUCAAUAUAAAUUGAAAGAUACGCUUAUUAAUGUAAUAUAGUUUUAAUUAAUAUAAUAUUUUAUAAUUUCUCGUACCUUUCACAAUAUGUCUAUAGAAUGAACUGCCUUUCAAAAGGAUAAUUUCAUGUGUGUUUUGAGAGGGUGAGUGACGGGUUGAAAUCAGAGAUGGUUUUAGCGCCCUUGGCCUUUUCUGAGCUUAGAGUAUGCAACGCUGCCAAAUGCUCAAAAUGAAAGUGUUUGGUUUUAUGUUCCAAGAGGGUUGAGAUUAAAAUAAUGUUCUACCACUCCAAUUAAUGAAGGGAGGAUUAAUAUGUUGCUUGAGAGAAAGGGCUGCUCGGAUUAGGGGAUUCUAAAGAGUGACGGUGCCAAUAAUGACUCUGUAGUAUGAAAACUCUCAUAUUUAAACUAUUUACUCUUUAACUGAUUCUUUUUUUCAUUGGCUUUGUUUUGGUUUUAAGAUCAAAUGCAUUGAAAUUUUUAAUCUGAACAUGCAUUUUGAAAAAGUCACAGAACUUGCCACUUUUAAAGCUGUUAGUAUUUUUCACUUUUACUGCACGUCAAUGUAUCUUUUUUUUUUCAAUGGGUAAAUGCUCUUGCGCUUGUUUAUUUUGUUUUGUUUGUUUACUUUUUAUAUAUAUAUAUAUAUAUAUAUAUAUAUAUAUAUAUAUAAAUAAAAGGACAAACUUGCUGCUAGUUGUCAGUCCUUAAUUUCUUUUAAGGUUGUAUUGUCUUUAUAGAUAUUGGCUUUGACAAAUACUGAGACCCAGAGAGCCCACAUCCCUUUUAUUAUUCAACAUUUUUAAGAUCAGAUUUGCAAUUA